UCAGCCAAUCACUCCCAGCACGUCAGCAGUAUCUGGAUUACUGAAAUACUCUGCUAGUAAAAGGUAGAAAUGAUUAAACUUGAGCAGUAAUUUUGCUAAUUAAUUGGCAUCUCCUGUGAAUGGACGUAAGGGUGAAUGAAAUUCAUGGACCUAUUUAAAAAAAUGCAAACUACAUCUAGAAAUACCAUGCUACUGAUAUGGUAUACUUGGAGAAUAGGUUCAUGUUCUCAGGAUUUUGUGUUUUUUUUUUCUUCUGCCUGGGUCUCCACUUUGUUUAGUUUGUAUUUAAUAACCUGAAAUGGAAACCAUAUGGAAACUGGAAGCCUUCCUUACUAAGUAGCUAAACUCUGGAUGCUACCAGAUAACAUUGCACAGCUCCUCGAUCCAAGUCUAUUUAGCCAUUAUCUGCUGUCCUGAGCUUUCUCUUUCAGAGUGAGAUACAAGGCUGAGGUCCUUCAGUACAAUUAUGUCUUCUAAAUGAAUGUGUACGUGAGACAGACAAACUAACUCAGGAGACAGAUAUAGCAAUAGAGUUAGAGAGGAAGAGAGCAAGAGCAGGAAAGCAUGUGCUAACCAUGUUUACAAUACAACAGUAAUUAAUCCAAAGCCAGCCCAUCUCAGUGUGGUAACAAGACCCUCCCCUUAUCCUCCUCAAAGCACUCUGCAAAUUGCCUAGUGGCUUCCUGGCAAGUUGGGCAAUACUGUAUCCAAACCAGGUGCUGGUGAUAGGCACAGUGCAAACAACCAGACACCUAUUUACAUGUAGCGGUCUGUCUGGUUCCAGCACUUAAUCUUCCAGGCUCCACCAGCAGUAGGUAGCCAGCCCCUGAUCUCCUGCAGCAAAAAUGCCGUUUAGCUCCUGCCCAUUCUGGAGAAUGCUGUUUUUUGUAAGUUUAGCAGGGUUUCUUUCAGAUUUGUCUGAAACUGGAGCUUUUGCCAGUCAGAGUGACUGCGACAGUACAACCAUAGAUAAUGUGACUCAAAGCCUUCAGAAAUAUUCAACAUGCCUUCCUGAAAUGGCCAAAAAAGAUGGACGAGAUUCACUCAAUCGCUUUAUCUGGAUACUGAAAGACAGUCUUACUCUUCUGCAACCUUUGCAAGGCAAAUUUUGCAAGCAUCUGCCUCAGUGCCCGCAGCCUAUCGCCCCUAAGAAUGGUGGGAUAGUGUGCAUCACUAUUGGAAGCACUGAGUACUGCAAACCCAUGUGCAACAAGGGUUACGAUUUCUCAUUCCUCAGAAGAAGCAGGCUGUAUGAAAGCUGUGGUAGUAGCACUGGGUUCACCUGGACGACUCAGCUGACUGGAGGGCAGACACUGGCUGUCUGUGAAUCCUCAGAGAAAGCAGUGAGUGGAGCUGAAUCUGCCUAUUUCCCCGACAAUAGCAGCUGUCUGCACACAUUAGCCUACAGUGAGCACGAGCAGCUGGACACCUUCCUCAAAGAGCUUGCUAAGCAAGGCAUAGACACCUUCAACCACGACAAGGAGGCAGACUGUCUAAUAUGUGGUUAUUAGCAGGAGGGACUAGCAGGCAUGGCAUGCUUGUACCACAGACCAAGUGGCUGGCUGUGGUUGGAUGUGAGUAUUUCAACAGGAAAAGCAGAGCAGUAAAAUCCCUCCUAAGAGCUAUGAACAUACAGCUUGUAUUUAGUUAAAAGAUUUGAGAUCACAGUCACCACUUGACCUCAGCUCUUGGGUACAGAUGCAUACACUAAAUCUAGUUGCAUAGCUCACAGCAGGGGCAUUUCAAAGAAUGCAGAUUAUAUUUUUAUGCCUUAAAUUUGUCUUACCGUAAUUAUAAGGGAAUUACAGCCUCUUAAUUGAUGCAUUCAUUAGUUAAGCGCAGUAAUUGUUCUUAGAAAUCAUCUUCUGUAAAGAUGGAUCAUUUUUAUGGAGGAAGAGUUAUGCUUCUAGUUGCUUUCACAGUUGUCAGUUUAUCACUGUUGUUGCUUUGGUGACCAUUAAAAUUAUGCAAGUCACAGCAGCUAUGGCUAUAGGAAACAACUCUGUUCACGUGCCUGUGUGUUCGGGGGUAAAAUCAGACUGUGCAUACAGGUGUUUAGGGAGCUGCAGCUCACAUGAGCUAAGGAUAUGAAGCUCUGCAGUUUGCUGGGGGAACAGCUCAAAUAUCUUUCCCUUUGUAUUUACAAGCCUGAGGAUGUCCCACAGAAGUGUAUACAAUCAGGCACAGUUCAGAGCAUUUAUAGCACUCUAAAAGUGCCCUGUAUUCUUGCUGUAGCUAGAUAAAAGAGCAGGAAAAUUGCAACAUUUCAGCCUGGCACAAAAUGUGAGAAAUGGGAUCACCCUAAAUUAUCAGAAAUUUCCACCAUGUCUUCUUAGGUAGAGGUUACUGCAAACUGUAAUUGAACUUCAGAGGAGGAAUACAAAAGCACCUGAGAUCCAGAAUCACAGAAUGGCCUGCAUUGGAAGGACCUUAAGGAUCAUGAAUUUCCACCCCCCUGCCACAUGCAGGGCCACCAACCUCCCCAUUUAAUACCAGAUCAGGCUGCCCAGGGCCCCAUCCAACCCGGCCUUGAACACCUCCAGGGAUGGGGCAUCCACAACCUCUCUGGGCAGCUGCAUUAGAGUGGAGCUCUAGGGCUUUGGACUGAGCGCAGGGCAGACUGGCUAAGAUGCUUUGGUGUCAGUACAACUGUGCUGGGGCAUUUCCUGGGCCUAGACCAAGAUAUCUGCAGCUCCUGGCUAGUCAUCCUCCCUGGUCUCCCUUCCAUUACCAUAUUUCCAAACCCAGUCUACACUGAGGCAGAUUUGGCUGUUACCACCACUACCAAAAAUUUAGCUCAUCAUCCAAAUAUGUAGCAACUCAAAUAUGAACAAAGAUACGAUCAACUGAUUUUUGUAAUUUA